AUGAGCUGUAGACAAAGUUCCUCCCAUUCCUUUCGAACCCGCAGCAGCGGGGGAGGAGGAAGCGUGAAAGGUUCCGGAGGGGGAAGCUUCAGCAAGCGGUCUUCUUCUGGCCGAUAUGGAUCCUCUGGGAUGGGAGGAGGAGGAGGAGGAGGAGGAAGAUUUUCUUCCGGCAGCAGUUAUGGCGGUGGCAGCAGUUAUGGUGGUGGCGGCAGUGGGGGAUCCUGUGGCAUGAGGAGUGGAAGCAGCUCUAGUUUUGGGGGUGGCUAUGGCGGUGGUGGUAUGGGAGGCUCUGGCUUUGGGAGUCACUCAGGCGGUGGCUAUGGUAUUUCCAAGGGCUAUGGUGGUGGUUCUGGUGGCUUUAGCAGUGGCUCUUAUGGGGGCUUUGGAGGUGGCUCAGGGGGCUUCGGAGGUGGCUCAGGGGGCUUUGGAGGUGGCUCAGGGGGCUUUGGAGGUGGCUCAGGGGGCUUCGGAGGUGGCAUGGGAGGAGGUGAUGGCCUCUUGAAUGGUGGAGAAAAGGUUACUAUGCAGAACCUCAACGAUAGACUGGCUUCCUAUCUGGAUAAGGUACGUUCCCUGGAAGAGAGCAACGGUGACCUGGAGGGAAAGAUCAGGAAUUGGUAUGACACCCAUGGUCCCCAGUCACUCAUUAAGGACUAUUCUCACUUCUACGACAUCAUCAAUGACCUCAAGGACCAGAUUCUCAGCGAGACAUUAGACAACAACAAAGUCAUUCUGGAUCUUGACAAUACCCGCAUGACCCUUGAUGACUUCAGGAUGAAGUAUGAGAUGGAGUUGAACCUAAGACAAGGAGUGGAAGCAGAUUGCAAUGGGCUGCGUGCUGUACUAGAUGAUCUGACCUUGCAAAAGGCUGACCUUGAGAUGCAAUACGAGUCUCUUCAGGAUGAGCUGCAAUCCCUCAAGAAGAACCAUGAAGAGGAGAUGAAUGGAUUAACUGGACAGAACAGUGGCGAUGUCACUGUGGAGAUGAACGCUGCCCCAGGUGUGGAUCUCACCCAGAUCCUGAAUGACAUGCGAGAAGACUAUGAGCAGCUUGUUUCUAAGAACCGCAAGGAUAUUGAGGAUCGGUUUGAAUCCCAGAUGACUCAAAUAAGCCAAGAAGUGACAACUAGCAGCCAACAGAUAGAGACCAGCAACAAGGAAUUGACUGAAUCCCGACACAACCUCCAGAGCCUGGAGAUAGAGCUACAAUCCCAACUCAGCAUGAAAUCUGCCCUGGAGAAGAGUCUGGAGGACAUGAAGGGACAGUACUGUAGCCAGCUGGCCCAAAUCCAAGCCCAGAUCAGUGAAAUGGAAUCCCAGCUGACUGAUAUCCGAGGAGAGAUUGAAUGUCAGAACCAGGAGUACAGCAACUUGCUGGAUGUCAAGACGCAACUAGAGCAGGAAAUUGCUACCUACCGUAACCUGCUGGAGGAGGGACAGCAAGAUGUUGACUCAGGUUCUGGAUUUGGAGGAAGAAGUGGAGGCAGAGGGGGCAGCGGAGGCAGAGGGGGCAGUGGAGGCAGACGUGGCAGUGGGUAUGGAGGAGGAAGUGGAAGUGGAAGCGGAUAUGGUGGCGAGAGUGGCAGCGGAGGAAAAGGUGGCAGUGGAUACGGCGGAGGAAGUGGUAGUGGAAGUGGCGGCGGAUAUGGUGGCGAGAGUGGCAGCGGAGGAAAAGGUGGCAGUGGAUACGGUGGAGGAAGCGGUAGUGGAAGCGGAGGCGGAUAUGGUGGCGAGAGUGGCAGUGGAGGAAAGGGUGGCAGCGGAUACGGUGGAGGAAGCGGAAGUAAAGGGGGCAGCAGUGGUGGAAGUGGAGGUGGUUCUGGAGGUGUCAAGUCUUCCUCCCAGUCUGGCUCUAACAUUUUCCAAUCCUAGAGUGGCGGCGAUGAUUCACAAGGGUCCCAGAAGAGAUACUAAACUCCUUGAGAAAUUCCCUACUCGCCUCCAGUUGAGAUACCUCUGGACAGUCCCUGGAGGAGAUAAUGCCAUUCCAUCUGGAGGUCAGGACCAGCAGACAAUACUGAGAAC